AUGGCGGAUCUCAGCAGAAUCGAAUCCUCACAGUAUCCCGCGGGCCACCUCUCCCACCUGACAGCAGCCCAGCAAGAGCAGCUGGAAAUAUUCAAGAAGAUUGCACAAGAGCAAAAAUAUUAUAUAGCUGCAAACGGUGCGACACAAGCCAGCCAUGACGACGAAACUAUGCUCCGCUUCCUGCGCGCCCGCCGUUUUGUCCCCCAAGAAGCUUUCAAGCAGUUUAAGAACACCGAAGACUGGCGCAAGGAGAACCGGUUGAGCGACAUAUUCAACAACAUUGAGGUGGAUGAGUACGAGCAGACGCGCCGCCUGUACCCCCAAUGGCUGGGUCGACGCGACAAGCGCGGUAUCCCCCUCUUCCUCUUCGAGGUCGCGCCCUUGAACUCGAAAAAUAUCGCAGCAUAUGAAAAGGACCUCGCCAAAUCAAAGACGACCAUCCCCAAUGUUGCCACCAAGAACGUUCGCCUAUUCGCCCUGUACGAGUCGCUUACCAGAUUUGUUACUCCCUUGUGCUCCAUGGUCCCUCGACUUCAUCCCGAGACGCCCAUUUCACAGAGCAACAAUAUCGUGGACAUCAGUGGAGUGGGCCUGAAGCAGUUUUGGAAUCUGAAGGGGCACAUGCAAGACGCGUCAGUUUUGGCAACAGCACAUUAUCCUGAGACGUUGGAUAGGAUAUUUAUUGUCGGUGCGCCGAGCUUCUUUCCCACAGUCUGGGGCUGGGUCAAGCGUUGGUUCGACCCCAUCACCGUGUCCAAGAUCUUCAUCCUCUCCCCUGCGACUGUCUACCAGACCCUGUCACAAUACAUUGACCACGAAAAUAUUCCCAAGAAAUACGGUGGGGGCCUCGAUUUCGAAUGUGGCUCCAUGCCCAACCUUGAGCCUGCGAUCGAGAAGCAAAUGAGAUGGGAGAACCCCAGCAUGCAACAUGGACGCAACACAUUCCCCAUUGGUCCCAUCAAAUGGGAAGAGGGACCCGAUGGCGAAAUGCAAGCAUGGGGCGUAGGCAGCGAAAACGGCCAACCACGGAGGAAGCUAGUCUUUGCGAUUCCCAAGCCCGUAGGCUUCGGACGAGACAACCUGCCCGCUCCACAAACACCCUCACUCCAAAAGCCCGAUCCACUCGCCCUCACCACCGUCGGAACAGCAACGCACCCACCCGACGACCCAAGCCUCAACAUCGACACCCCACCCUCGGACACCAGCUCGCCCCCUAACUCGACGCACAACGGCGUCACCACCAAAGAUUUCACCUUGCCCGUGCGCCAGGGCGCCUCUGAGCUCCGCUACGAGCAAUCAAACAACACCCACGCUGCCGGCCAACUCGACCAGGGUACCCCCAACGCCGCAAUCAACGACCACGGCCACGGCGACAAGUCACUCACCAUGGAACCCAACACCGUCGGCCAGGCCCCCAAGGAAAACCCCCUCCCGGAAUCAGAACAGUCCCCCACCCCGGGCUACAUCGGCCAGGCAAAACAGGCGGCUGCUACCGCUACCGCCACCGUGGCAUCGGCGGCCGGAGCAGUAGCUGGCGCAGUGUCGGGCGCGGGUGGACAGACAGAAGCGCAGGACUCACCGAGGGAAAAGGGCGCGGAAGAAGUCAAGUUGGAUCAAGCGAUUGACGCGAGUAAAGACCAGGACGUUGAGGCGUACCUUAGAGCCAAGACGUCGACUUCUGGAUGA